UGCAUGCUCAGUGUGGGAGUCGCUGACCUGUCAUUGCUGUUUAAAAUUGAACAACUUUGCAACUUUUACCAUGGAAAUCAUCCAAUCUGAAAAACAGCAGAUCAAAAUGGACCCUGAGAUGGACUCGCAGCUGAAGAUCGGGUUCAUCGGUGCGGGGAACAUGGCGUUCGGCAUUGCAAAGGGCAUCUUGGCCGGAAAUGUUCUGCCUUUAAACUUGAAAGUGAGCGCACCCUCUUCAAGGAACCUGGGACGCUUUCAGGAGCUGGGGAUUUCCGUCACUCACUCCAACAGCGAGGUGGUCGGUAGUUCAGAUGUGGUCUUCGUGGCGGUCAAACCUCACCUGGUUCCACCGGUUCUCAACGAGAUCUCACAACUCGUCACCGACAGACACAUCAUCGUGUCCGUCGCAGCCGGAGUAACGCUGGGAACGUUAGAAGAGCUCCUUCCAGAGAACUCAGUCGUCAUCCGGAUGAUGCCAAACCUGCCGUGUUUAGUUCAGGAAGGAGCUCUCCUGUUUGCGCGGGGAUCACGUGCCAAACACGAGGACGGGGCGCUGCUGCGGUCUUUGUUGCACCGCUGUGGUUUAGUAGAGGAGGGACCCGAAUCCUGGAUCGACAUCCACACCGGACUGAGCGGGAGCGGAGUUGCUUUUGUGUAUCUGUUUGCGGAGGCGCUGGCAGAAGGAGCCGUUAAAAUGGGCAUGCCGAGCGCUCUGGCCCACAGCAUCGCAUCUCAGACUGUUCUGGGUGCCGGCCGAUUGUUACGAGACUCCGGGAAGCAUCCGGCUCAGCUCCGCUCCGAGGUCUGCACCCCAGGAGGAACAACCAUCUACGGGCUUCACACGCUGGAGCAAGGAGGCUUGAGAGCGUCGACCAUGAGCGCCGUAGAGACCGCCACCGAGAGAGCCAGAGAGCUCGGCCGGAAGUCGGCGGCAGCGGGAUCCAAGAAAUGACGGCUGCUAGUUGCCUUUUUAAUUAACUGCUCGACAAACUUUAAUUUAAGAAAAGACGACGGCAAACAGACUCAAUGUCAUCAUGGUACAAAAAGACUAAACAUGACCAGUGAUUCUUUUUAUUUCUCCUCCCCCACCCCGCCCCCCACCCCCCAUCACCCAUCCCUCCAAACAAGUGCAGUUUAUACUUCUUCUGUUUCAUGUUUCUGACCAGAAAGAUUUAAUGUGAGCGAAAAUGUUGAUAUCAGCUUAAUCUGACUUGCAUGUGAAUGUACUCUACAUGCACACUAAUAUUAAAGCAGUAAUGCAACGCACAUAAACCCCGAGGUACAUUAACCCUCCUGUUGUGCUCACGGGUCAAAUUGACCCUAUCUCUUUUAACUGUUCCUUCCUUCUUUCCUUCCUUCCU